AACACAGCAACCGCCAAAGGUUGCCAUACAAGACAUUACGAAAUCUAGCCGAAGCCGGGUGGAGACACACGCGUGUCCGGCUGCAGUCACGGAUGAUCUGAAGGACUGCCCUAGUGAACCGACCAUCAAGCCAUGGCGGUGAGCCUCCUAGCAAACAUAGCCCGCACGGCGACUUCGUUGCUUGCGGCUCAGUUGGAGACGCAGCUGCAAAGCCUGCGGUUGAAGUCCAUGCGGGCGUCGCGUCGGAUUCGUGGUUAUCCACGACCGCUUCUGGAGACCGUGCAGAGGCCUGAGGCACGAAAAUACGGCUGGCGGCCAAUAUUGCCCGAAGACGGCGUCUACACGACUAAAAAGCUGCCGAUCCGCAAACUCGCUGGCCGGGAUCCAGUAACAGGUAAAGUGGUCGUGAGGACUAUUGGAGGAGGUAUGAAGCGCUGGUUUCGUUGGAUUGACCACAAGCGAGUAGCUGGAGAAGAUGGAAGUAAACUGGAAGAGCGAGUGUACCAAGUGCGCUACGACCCACUGCGCACGGCACGCCUUGCCCUGGUGGCCUCCGGUGAUCGUAAGCGAUGGUUGACGGCCACUGAGGGCAUCAAGCCUGGUGAUGUCAUCACCACUUCAGGCGAGAUCCCACGUAUUCCAGUGCAACCGAAGGAUGGUGACGCCCACCCAUUGGGUGCUCUGCCAGUGUCCACUCUGGUGCACCACAUAGAGAAAUUCCCUGGUGAAGGAGGUGUCAUGUGCCGGGCUGCUGGUGCAUCUGCUCAGAUCCUUCGCAAGCUCGAAGACCGCGUGAUCAUCCAGCUGCCAUCCAAGUUACAGGUGUCGCUCAGCGAACGAUGCAUGGCUGUGGUUGGCCAGGCAUCCAAUGCUAACCGCCGCGAGACCUUCUAUCCUAUUGGGAGUCCCAAUAGAUUGCGUCGUUUGGGUCGUCGACCUCGCUCUGGCUUCUGGCAUCGUAAAGAUGGCUAUUGCGGCCGCAAGAUACGUCCCCCACCUCCUGUCAAAGUGUACCCGUUGCAGAGGCCCACAAUGCAAUAAAGUGUUUGCCUUUUAUGUCCAA